CGCGAUCCAUCGAUUUGCAGAACACCACCCAACAGCCAGACCAUCACUCGAUCGGUAGACAUGGAUAAGGCCUACAUCGCCGCCCUCUCCGCCGCCGCCCUCUUCUUGCUCCACUACCUCCUGGGCCGCCGGGCCGGCGGCGAGGGCAAGGCCAAGGCCAAGGGCUCGCGGCGGCGGCUCCCGCCGAGCCCUCCGGCGAUCCCGUUCCUGGGCCACCUCCACCUCGUCAAGGCCCCGUUCCACGGGGCGCUGGCCCGCCUCGCGGCGCGCCACGGCCCGGUGUUCUCCAUGCGCCUGGGGACCCGGCGCGCCGUGGUCGUGUCGUCGCCGGACUGCGCCAGGGAGUGCUUCACGGAGCACGACGUGAACUUCGCGAACCGGCCGCUGUUCCCGUCGAUGCGGCUGGCGUCCUUCGACGGCGCCAUGCUCUCCGUGUCCAGCUACGGCCCGUACUGGCGCAACCUGCGCCGCGUCGCCGCCGUGCAGCUCCUCUCCGCGCACCGCGUCGGGUGCAUGGCCCCCGCCAUCGAAGCGCAGGUGCGCGCCAUGGUGCGGAGGAUGGACCGCGCCGCCGCGGCCGGCGGCGGCGGCGUCGCGCGCGUCCAGCUCAAGCGGCGGCUGUUCGAGCUCUCCCUCAGCGUGCUCAUGGAGACCAUCGCGCACACCAAGACGUCCCGCGCCGAGGCCGACGCCGACUCGGACAUGUCGACCGAGGCCCACGAGUUCAAGCAGAUCGUCGACGAGCUCGUGCCGUACAUCGGCACGGCCAACCGCUGGGACUACCUGCCGGUGCUGCGCUGGUUCGACGUGUUCGGCGUGAGGAACAAGAUCCUCGACGCCGUGGGCAGAAGGGACGCGUUCCUGGGGCGGCUCAUCGACGGGGAGCGGCGGAGGCUGGACGCUGGCGACGAGAGCGAAAGUAAGAGCAUGAUUGCGGUGCUGCUCACUCUGCAGAAGUCCGAGCCAGAGGUCUACACUGACACUGUGAUCACUGCUCUUUGCGCGAACCUAUUCGGCGCCGGAACGGAGACCACGUCCACCACGACGGAAUGGGCCAUGUCACUGCUGCUGAACCACCGGGAGGCGCUCAAGAAGGCGCAGGCCGAGAUCGACGCGGCGGUGGGCACCUCCCGCCUGGUGACCGCGGACGACGUGCCCCACCUCACCUACCUGCAGUGCAUCGUCGACGAGACGCUGCGCCUGCACCCGGCCGCGCCGCUGCUGCUGCCGCACGAGUCCGCCGCGGACUGCACGGUCGGCGGCUACGACGUGCCGCGCGGCACGAUGCUGCUGGUCAACGUGCACGCGGUCCACAGGGACCCCGCGGUGUGGGAGGACCCGGACAGGUUCGUGCCGGAGCGGUUCGAGGGCGCCGGCGGCAAGGCCGAGGGGCGCCUGCUGAUGCCGUUCGGGAUGGGGCGGCGCAAGUGCCCCGGGGAGACGCUCGCGCUGCGGACCGUCGGGCUGGUGCUCGCCACGCUGCUCCAGUGCUUCGACUGGGACACGGUUGAUGGAGCUCAGGUUGACAUGAAGGCUAGCGGCGGGCUGACCAUGCCCCGGGCCGUCCCGUUGGAGGCCAUGUGCAGGCCGCGUACAGCUAUGCGUGGUGUUCUUAAGAGGCUCUGAAAACCUCAUGGAUCGAAUUGCUGGCAUCGUCUGAAGGGUGUAUGACGUAGCUUCCGAGUUCCGAGCAUAUAUAUUCACUUGCCUUGUACUAGUUGAUUUUCGCCGAGUGUAUGGAAUGGAUUUUCUUUUUUUUUCUUGCAAUGGAUGUGAAUUUUGUUUUUCUCGACGUUACAAGAAGUGAAUCAACCUAGCUUCUCUUUGAG